UUUCCGAAGAUCUUAUUUAGACCUCCUUACAAUCUAAUUUACUUCCUAGGGAAAUUUGAUAAGAUUGUUCAAUAGAGCAAUGCAUUACUACAAAUCUUUCUCAAAUGUAGAAAGGGAAACAUCCCUAAAUAGCUGAACAUUGGAUUAGUACAUCAAAUAUCUGUGUUACAAAUUGGUCAAUUUAACGUUUUUCCGAGUUAUUAAAGCUAACAUGAAAUUUUAUUCUCACGCUUCUGACUCCAAAUAUUUCAUACAUUGCAAUGAUAAGAAAAAUACAAGAAAGACAAACAAAAUUUCAGCGGAUAUAGAAAGAAACACUGGCGUCGUUGUAGUUCCACUCUUAACAUAUUGGAUGUUUUCUGAAACACAUUGAUUGGUAAUAAAAGAAAACAUGAGCCCAAGAGUUGAACCCAAAUUUAAAGUACAGUGGCUCAUACAGGGGGUCAUUCUGAGCUGCGCAUUCUCGUCUGAUUCUUCACGCCUGCCAUUACAUCCUGAGAAGGAACUUGUACCAAAACAGUUUUGUCUACCAAGAACCGCUGUCGUUUGUAUCACUUUAAAAGCGAUACCACCUGUUGUUAAUCUUACACAAGUUCUCCUGGAGGACCGCCUAUCACCUUACACUAUGUUGUCAACAAUUAGAGGGAGUUAUAAUAGACAUUGCUUGCUUUGUACAGCUUCAACACAAAAACAUUGUGACAAAAAGUUCAGACUUUUUCCUACCAUUACCAGACUAAAUGAGACUCUACCUGUCGGACUAAAAUAUAUUCUAUUCGUGAGUCUUAAUAAACCUCAGUUUAAGAGACACAACAACUGUGAUGUUUGUGAAAAAUGCAAGAAUUUAGUUGUCAUAUCAAGACAGUUUAAAAUCAUAACAACCAGAUUUCAAAUUGUGGUCCUAACCCUGACAUAUGUAUGUCAUUUCCGUCAUCAACUUACCAUUAGAGGAUCUAAAAGACUACCUAGAGCCGCAUACAACGUCACUACGGCAACAACUAUUAAAACAGCGACCAUUUCUAAUAGCACAACUAGUAGAAGUACUUUUAAUGUUAUCACUAAUAGCAGUGUGCAGACAAGCUCUUUACAUACGUCAGAAUAUGAUACAAAUAGACAAACCAACACCACAGCGUCAACGGUAGAUUCUACAAGUAACACCACUAAUACUCUGACUUCUCUGAAUUUUACAUCAGGAGAAGAAACACAAAAAGAAGAUUUGGACAAGUCAGUCUUUAGCUGGCUUAUUUUGGUUGCCGUUUUAGCCAAUAUUGGGAAACGACCGUCCGUCUAUGGCGCUUUCGUUGGGAUUCUAUGCUUCUCAGUUGUCUACGGAAUCUGCUUUCUUCUAAGGAGUAAAAUUAGGACACUUGUAGCAGGUAGACUAAGUAAAACGAUCACGCCUCUAAAAGUAGACGAGCUUCCGGUUUUAGACAGUAAAUGCGCGUCCCAUAACGUCAGCAAUAGUUCAACUGAGUUGACAACAUCGUCCGAGAGCUCGGCGUCCAAUCAAACCAGUCGAGUCAUCAGCAAGUUCCUAGUUCAAAACCCUCCUGAAAAUAUGGGAGCAUCUGAGGAUUCAGCAUCCAGUUACACAAACACGGUCAUAGGCACUGUUCAAAAUUCUACUGAGCUGAUGACAUCGCCAGAAAGCACAGCGUCCAAUGAAACUAACGCGGUCGUCAGCAAGCCACUACUUCAAAGCUCGCUUAGCAUAGAGAGUUUGAUCAGCGCCAUGACUUUUCUAGGCAAUGACACCAUGACAAUCAGGUGUAAGACCAUUAAAAGGCCGAACUCUAACGUCAAAGAGGUGGAGAUCGAAAUAGAUGUUCCGCAAGACUCUGAGGGCUCACGACACAACCAAGUUUGGUCUUACGCGAACGGCGCUUUAGAGGAAGAGGCAAGAACCUACUCUAGACGCAUAACGCAAACAGCCGUGCCGAACGACUACGAUUAUAUAGACGAGUCUCUGUUUGUACCUGAGGCAGGGGACAGCGAUGAGGCAUUAGACCAUACAGAGGUAGUAGACCAAACAGAGACAUUAGACCAAACAGAGGUAGUUGACCAAACAGAGGCAGUUGACCAAACAGAGGUAGUUGACCAACUCGCGCUAGCGGACAAACACAAUUUUGUUGACAUGAAAGAAAUUUUGGACAAACACGAGAUUAUAGUGAAACACAAAGCUGUGGAAGAGAACUUGUUAGACAACGAACAUGACCUCAUGAACAAACGUAGAGCAGAAGACGAGCAAGAACUAGAGGACGUCUAUGAUAACAACAAACGUGUGAGCCUGGAAUAUUUAAAUAUUGAUUCUUUUGACCCCUAUUCCUCGUUCCUAAACGGAAGCUCCGACCAUUAUGUUAGCGAGCUUCCGUUGACAGAGAGCUCCAAUUAUGUCAAUGUCGAUUGUAUUUUAAGCAGGAGCAGCUCCUUACAAAGUAGUCUCGUUUAGACGAUCAACUUUUUGUACAAGAUUAGUGUCCAACAGAUACUGUUUUGGGUAACUCAAUGACUACAUGUUAAAAUAAGGGUAUUUCAUAACUAUGGAACAAAUCAUUGACAUAGGCCUAGAGCAUGAUUUCUACUUUCUAUAUAACUCAUUUGUAUUUCUGAUGCAUUACUCAUGAUUGUGUUAUGACUUAUGAUUGUGUUAUGAUCUCUAUGAUUGUGUUAUGACUUAUGAUUGUGUUAUGAUCUCUAUGAUUGUGUUAUGAUCUCUAUGUUGUAAAUAAUCAAAAUAACGUAAUAGUAUUCUUAUUUUUCAAUGAUUGGCAUUUCUUUCUUUUUCUUUACAAACGUACAUCAAAUCACUCUGUCGGUCUGUCUGUCUAUCUUUCUGUCUGUCUGGCUGACACAAAUCUUGUAAACGUUUUUUUUUUCAUCCUAAGAUCAAGCUGAAUCUUUGCACACUUAUUCAUUGUCGAUGACACAAGGAAAAAAAAUUAUCCAUUCGUUAAUUUAGUGUUAUUUAUUUUUCUUCACAAAACAGAGAUUAAUCUUACAUGAUUGGAUGUCAGUAAUAGUGCGGCUCUUUUUCUUUAUAUAAGGUGAUUUUUUUACUUAAAGUAUGUGUUAUGCUACUUGCUACAAAGCUUAUAUCAAUCAACUCUAUUCUGUCUGUGUGGUAAACGUUUGUACACGUUAUUUACCCCAUAUCCAAAAUCAGAUUAAGCAGAAAUUUUGCACAAUAUUUCUUUCACCUGACUAUGCAAGAAUGAAUUAUACGAAAUUUAAUGCAUUAAUUAAUUAACUAUUGCUAAUUAAUUAUUUUGUUUGAUAUCUUCAACAAGUAAAGAUAUUUUACUUUAUUGAUGUGGUGGUAUAAGCUGUAUUAGUCCUCUUGAGGACUCCUUAGCCCUGAAGGAACAUUUCUUUUAUGCUUUAAAAGAACAACAAGGAAACUAUCAAGUAAACUUUCACCAAGAUAAUCUCUCUUCCCUCCCCCUCCCACAGCUAGACAAGUGAUGGGAUCACACCGCAGUUAGAAAGCUAAAAGAUAAAUAAAAAAAAAUUGGUAAAAAUAUUUCUGAUCGCACAGAUUUAUUAGUUCUAGGUCAAUGACACAUAUCUGACUGAUCUAAACUAAUUAAUACAAGUGCACUUCAAAUAUAAGCUUUGUAUUUUUUAAAGUAUUUUUUUUCCUUGAUCUUUGAAGAAACUAACCCAAAUGAUGAAAUGGUAAGCCAGGGGCAGUGUACCGAAACAUUAUUGUGAAAUUGUUGAACCAUGAAUCCUCUCACUUUUGGUCCCUAUCGCUCUGUGACCUACAUUUUGUAUGGCAAAGUUUCGACGUUUCUUGCUAUUUAACUUCCCUGUCUCCUUUGGACAAACUAAACUCAACGGGUAAAUGAGCUAGCAAGAAAAUUAACUGUUUGCUCGUUCUUUAUUCCAUUUGGACAGUCAUCAGGAUAGUUCUCAAUUCUACCACCAGCCUGCAUCCAUCAGCUUCCGACAGUCAGGAAUAGGAACAAUCCAAAUUUAAAAAAAUAGUUAAAAAAAAAAAAGCUUUUCUAAUGGAAACGAUUUUACAUUUAUAGAUAUCUCUCGCAAUAAAACAUAAUUUAUCUCCCUCUUUGAUAUCAAACGUGAUAAUGAAUAACCAAUAAUUGAUAGACAGGUUGGUAAAUUGUCAAACAUAUUCAUUUUGAUAGGUACAGUAAAUGAUUGUGAAAAGGUGUAGAUGGGUGUGGGUGUAUUGAUAAAUAAUUCCAUAACAAGGAAACGGACAUAACAGUUGCUAGUUGUUUUUGCGUGACGAAUUUGUUUCUUUUUAUAUUUGCUAUUUUUAGACCAAUUCAUAGCGACUGGUUGUUUAGAAAUCAUUUCUAUUCAGGCAUAUCAAAAGAACGCAAAAAGCAUGAAAUUGUGCUAAGGAAAACGAUUGGUUAAAAACAUAUUUCUAAUCGGACAUUUAUUUUUGUUAGUCUAGAUCUAUUACAAAUUGAAUGACAUGAGGGAUUUAUACUGAUCUAUACGCUUAAAAUAAGUCUUGUAUGUUUUAAAUUUAUUUAGCUUUUUCCUGUAUUUGGGCAAAUUUACAUAUUAAUAUAUAGAUGUGAAGAUCUUUGUUGGGAUUUCACUUCUCGAUUGGCCGUCAUCUUUUCGGUGUCAAGGCGAAUUCAAUUCAUUUUCUAUUAUUGUAGGGAACCAAUUGGGGGUGUUUGUAGAGCAUGUCUAAACUUAUUGCAGUUUGAAACUGUAGCACCCAGAAUAAAGUCCAAAAGCCUUUGAAGGACACCGCAAAGUGUAAACUAUAAAUAAUUGAUUUAGUCAAGUAAGAGAAUAUAAUUUCAAUGUUUCCUCAUUAAUGAUAGCAUCCUUUCAUUGUAAAUAGUUAUCUUAUAUGAAUAAUUAAUUGCCUGUACAUAAUAUGUCUCGUUCUUUAAAUGUUGAGAAGGUGAACUAUUAGUCGUAAUUGAACAUAAUUAGAAUAGUGAAUUUUUUUUGUGUGCAAAGUUCAUGUCCACUCAUUCCGUCAGUCUGGUAAAAACUUUGAACACGUUACUUCUCCCACACUCAUUCAAGGAUCAAGUCUUAACUUUACACAAAUAUUUGUUGUACCUAAAAAGACAUAAAUCAAUAGAAAAAUUACCGAUUAUUCAAUUAAUCAUUUACUGGUAAUAAAUUUCGUUUGUUAGCAAUAAGGCUAAAUUAUCAAUUAGAGUAAGUAAGUUAGUAAGAGAUAUGGCUAAAUAUGUGGGGUUUUGUCUCCUUAGGUAAUUGUACACGCUUUUGUAACAUGAAUCAGUUAAAAAAUUGAUGAAAUAGUCAGUUAAUUAUUGAUGAUUAAUUAUGUUGCUUGAUAUAAAAAAAUGAAAAUAAAUUGUAUAUUGUUGAUA